AUGUUGUUUCGAUCCAAAUUCGUCGCAGCUUGUCUAGCGUUUGUAACGAGUGUCGUCUCAGUCACAAUCACGAAAGAUACUGUACAGAUCUCACCAGUAGAUCUUCAAAUAGGCGAUUUAACAAUUAACCCCGAUGUUUAUUACUCGAUUGUGAAUAAUUUAGCCACUGUUAUUGCUGGUAACUUAGAUAAUCAGGGAGGGUUUUAUGUCACAAGUACCAAUUUAUUAGCUGCCGCUGUUUCACUUGUCAGUGGCUCAAUCGAAAACUCAGGAGAGUUAGCAUUUAAUGCCUUAGAUGCCAAUGCUGCAUCUCUUUAUGUUCUUGCGAGUAUUGCCGAGUUCACCAACACUGGUGAUAUGUGGUUUGGUAGUGCAUUGCACUUGGCCAAUCCUUUUGUUGUCACCUCUGUUUCUGGUUGGACAAACGAUGGUUUGAUGUAUUUCAAACAACAAUCUGGAGUUGCGUCUCUUGUAGUGUUAGCACAAGUAGCUGGGUCCAGUGGACUCUUGUCUCUUGAAAACAAUGGUCAAAUUUGUUUGGAAGGAGUCACUUACGUUCAAUCAUCAUCGAUCAAUGGUGACGGUUGUUUCAACGUCGGCGCAGGUGCAACCAUGCAACUACUUCCUAAUGUACUUAAUGCGGUUUUCCUGAUUGAUACGAGUCAAACAAUCUAUCUUAGUACACCAUCAUCCACUUUACUGCUUCUUACAGGGGGUGUCUUAAGUAACCCUCGUAUAAAGGUGGCCGGUUUUGGUAAUGGAAAUAUCAUUGCACUCACCUUAACGUUCACAGGAUAUGUCUAUAAUACAAAUACUGGUAUAUUAACUGUCAGUCUUCUUGGGGCGAUUAAUGUUCAAUUUGAUAUAGGGACAGGAUACGCAACCAGGGGCUUUAGAACGAAUGCGGUAUUAGGUAUAUUGUUGGGAAGCCAAAUAUGGUAUAACGAUGCUCCACCUAAUGGUGCUCCAACUGAUUGUUCUUGUAAACCGUUUCCAUCAGCACCAGUAGACCCAAUAACUUCAGACUGUGCGGACUGUACCGAGUAUACAACCACCAUCACCACCACCGAUUCAGAUGGUGUAACUGCUACUCAGACCGGAGACGUUAUUAUCACCACUGAUUCCGAUGGUGACUACACCACCACCACUUCUAUCAUUAGUGGUGAACCAACUGCUUCUGGUGACUGUGAAGAAUGUACCGAAUACACCACUACUUUCACCACCACAGAUUCUGAUGGUGUAACUGCUACUCAGACCGGCGAUGUCAUUAUCACCACUGAUUCCGAUGGAGACUAUACUACUACUACAUCCAUCAUUAGUGGUGAACCAACUGCUUCUGGUGACUGUGAAGAAUGUACCGAAUACACCACUACUUUCACCACCACCGAUUCUGAUGGUGUAACUGCCACCCAAACUGGAGAUGUCAUUAUCACCACUGAUUCCGAUGGAGACUAUACUACUACUACAUCCAUCAUUAGUGGUGAACCAACUGCUUCUGGUGACUGUGAAGAAUGUACCGAAUACACCACUACUUUCACCACCACAGAUUCUGAUGGUGUAACUGCCACCCAAACUGGAGACGUUAUUAUCACCACUGAUUCCGAUGGUGACUACACCACCACCACUUCUAUCAUUAGUGGUGAACCAACUGCUUCUGGUGACUGUGAAGAAUGUACCGAAUACACCACUACUUUCACCACCACCGAUUCAGAUGGUGUAACCGCCACUCAGACCGGCGAUGUCAUUAUCACCACUGAUUCCGAUGGUGACUAUACCACCACCACUUCUAUCAUUAGCGGUGAACCAACUGCUUCUGGUGAUUGUGAAGAAUGUACCGAAUACACCACUACUUUCACCACCACCGAUUCUGAUGGUGUAACUGCCACCCAAACUGGAGACGUUAUUAUCACCACUGAUUCCGAUGGUGACUACACCACCACCACUUCUAUCAUUAGUGGUGAACCAAUUGCUUCUGGUGACUGUGAAGAAUGUACCGAAUACACCACUACUUUCACCACCACCGAUUCUGAUGGUGUAACUGCCACCCAAACUGGAGAUGUCAUUAUCACCACUGAUUCCGAUGGAGACUAUACUACUACUACAUCCAUCAUUAGUGGUGAACCAACUGCUUCUGGUGACUGUGAAGAAUGUACCGAAUACACCACUACUUUCACCACCACCGAUUCUGAUGGUGUAACUGCCACCCAAACUGGAGAUGUCAUUAUCACCACUGAUUCCGAUGGAGACUAUACUACUACUACAUCCAUCAUUAGUGGUGAACCAACUGCUUCUGGUGACUGUGAAGAAUGUACCGAAUACACCACUACUUUCACCACCACAGAUUCUGAUGGUGUAACUGCUACUCAGACCGGCGAUGUCAUUAUCACCACUGAUUCCGAUGGUGACUACACCACUACUACAUCCAUCAUUAGUGGUGAACCAACUGCUUCUGGUGACUGUGAAGAAUGUACCGAAUACACCACUACUUUCACCACCACCGAUUCAGAUGGUGUAACUGCCACCCAAACUGGAGACGUUAUUAUCACCACUGAUUCCGAUGGUGACUACACCACCACCACUUCUAUCAUUAGCGGUGAACCAACUGCUUCUGGUGAUUGUGAAGAAUGUACCGAAUACACCACUACUUUCACCACCACCGAUUCAGAUGGUGUAACCGCCACUCAGACCGGCGAUGUCAUUAUCACCACUGAUUCCGAUGGUGACUACACCACCACCACUUCUAUCAUUAGCGGUGAACCAACUGCUUCUGGUGAUUGUGAAGAAUGUACCGAAUACACCACUACUUUCACCACCACCGAUUCAGAUGGUGUAACCGCCACUCAGACCGGCGAUGUCAUUAUCACCACUGAUUCCGAUGGUGACUACACCACCACCACUUCCAUCAUUAGUGGUGAACCAACUGCUUCUGGUGAUUGUGAAGAAUGUACCGAAUACACCACUACUUUCACCACCACCGAUUCAGAUGGUGUAACCGCCACUCAGACCGGCGAUGUCAUUAUCACCACUGAUUCCGAUGGUGACUAUACCACCACCACUUCUAUCAUUAGCGGUGAACCAACUGCUUCUGGUGAUUGUGAAGAAUGUACCGAAUACACCACUACUUUCACCACCACCGAUUCUGAUGGUGUAACUGCCACCCAAACUGGAGACGUUAUUAUCACCACUGAUUCCGAUGGUGACUACACCACCACCACUUCUAUCAUUAGUGGUGAACCAAUUGCUUCUGGUGACUGUGAAGAAUGUACCGAAUACACCACUACUUUCACCACCACCGAUUCUGAUGGUGUAACUGCCACCCAAACUGGAGAUGUCAUUAUCACCACUGAUUCCGAUGGAGACUAUACUACUACUACAUCCAUCAUUAGUGGUGAACCAACUGCUUCUGGUGACUGUGAAGAAUGUACCGAAUACACCACUACUUUCACCACCACCGAUUCAGAUGGUGUAACUGCCACCCAAACUGGAGACGUUAUUAUCACCACUGAUUCCGAUGGUGACUACACCACCACCACUUCUAUCAUUAGUGGUGAACCAAUUGCUUCUGGUGACUGUGAAGAAUGUACCGAAUACACCACUACUUUCACCACCACCGAUUCAGAUGGUGUAACCGCCACUCAGACCGGCGAUGUCAUUAUCACCACUGAUUCCGAUGGUGACUAUACUACUACUACAUCCAUUAUUACUGGUGAACCAACGGGGGAACCAACGGGAGAACCAACUGGAACAUCAACGGGAGAACCAACUGGUACAUCAACCGGAGAACCUACUGGAGAAGCAACUGGCGAACCUACUAGAACACCAACAGGAGAAGCAACUGGCGAACCUACUAGAACACCAACUGGAGCAACAUCUGGAGAACCAACCGGAGCACCAACUGGAACAUCAACUGGAGAACCUACUGCUCCAGGUGAAUGCAAGGAAUGUUCUGACUACUACACUACCUUCACCACUGCAGAUGAUAAUGGUGCUACUAUUACGAAAACCGGUGACGUGAGUAUUACGACUGAUUCUAAUGGAGACUACACAACCACCACAUCAAUUUUGAGUGGAACUUCAAAUGACUUGACAGAACAUGGGUCUGGAGCUGGUGUAGUAACUACAGCUUCCACCAACGGAAUAAAUAACGUUGCAUUGCCUUCGACUAAGGCGAACAUGGAAACAACUGUUAUCACUGUUACAUCUUGCGAGAAUAAUGCAUGCUCGCAUAUCCCAGUAACGACAGGGGUUACGGUUGUUACCAAAGAUGAAACAACCUACACAACAUAUUGUCCAUUGACAGAUGAAGGAGCUUCAAGAAGUCAAAAUACUGAAGUCUCCACUUCUGUCGGUGAUAACAUUAAGGAAACUGGCACUGCUGUCAUCACCGUCUUAUCGUGCGAUGAUACCAGUUGUUCCAAUGUCCCAAAGACUACAGGUGCCAGCUAUGGUUAUAACGACCAGACUACUCACACCACCUACUACCCAUUAUCCGAACAAGAGGCUCCUGUCUCAAGCUCAAACCCACCAGGAGUAGCUUCUCCUAACACUUCUAGUCCUCCAUUGGACACACCUGAAGCAGCAUCAUCUAAUACGAACGAUUUUUCGUCUUCUGGAUCUGCAGCCCCUCAAACGGUCGCACCCGCUGUUGCUUCUAACACAGUUUACCCAUCUUCGUCUUCCAGUACAUCUGGAAGUUCUUUUACCUCGCCUGCUGUUUUUGAAGGUUCUGCUAGUGUGAUCAAGCCAUGGACAUCAUUUUCGUUCGUAGCUUUGGCCGCUAUGUUUUAUUUCUAG